UCAGGAAAUCCAGCACCAUUAAUUACCUACAUCGACUGCCAGACAAAAAAAGACACCCAAUCCCAAUCCCAAUGUCACGAACCCUUUCCCCCUAAUCCCGCCUUCAACACCGUCAAGUUGUCUAGGCUACUCAUCCGAGCACUCUGGGCGUGCAGGCCGCCGUACAGUCCAACUAUUCGCUUCACUCGUGCCACAAUGGCUACAAACAGCGCUCGUGGUAACCCCAUCGACGCAUCCGAAGGCCCGAGCAAGACCGGCGAGGGCACGCCCUCUCCCCUUGCUGCCGACGUCGCAGGCGCCGUGAAAGAAGCUGUCGCGCAGUUGGAUGGUGCCGGCGUCCACGCCCCGGGCCAAGACGCCGGCGUAGCCUCGGCCGGCGCCGACGCCGCUCCCAAGGUCAAGACCGAGAAGGAGCUAGAGCGCGAACGCAAGAAGGCUGAGAAAGCUGCCAAGUUCGAGCAGAAGAAGGCCAAGGCCGCCGCCGUCCAAGCCGACACCGCUGCCUCGAGCAAGGGGAAGGAGAAGAAGGCCAAAGCCCCUAAGGUCGAGGAGGAGCCCCUUGCCCCCUAUGUUGAAGAUACCCCGCUGGGCGAGAAGAAGCGACUCAAGUCCUUCGAUGAUCCCCAGCUGAAGGCCUAUAACCCCGUCGCCGUCGAGAGCGCCUGGUACGAGUGGUGGGAGAAGUCAGGCUUCUUCAAGCCGCAAUUCACACAAGAUGGCAAGGUCAAGGACGAGGGCUCCUUCGUCAUCGUCAUCCCGCCCCCGAACGUGACGGGAGCGCUGCACAUGGGCCACGCCUUGGGAAAUUCUCUGCAGGAUGUCAUGAUCCGCUGGAACCGAAUGCAUGGCAAGACCACUCUGUGGUUGCCGGGUUGCGACCAUGCCGGUAUCAGCACUCAAAGCGUUGUCGAAAACAUGCUGUGGAGACGGCAGGGCAAGACGCGACAUGACCUCGGACGGAAAAAGUUCACCGAUACUGUAUGGGAGUGGAAAGACGACUACCACAAGCGCAUCAACAAUGCCCAGCGCAAGAUGGGUGGCUCGACCGAUUGGAGUAGGGAGGCGUUCACUAUGGAUAAGAACCUCAGUGCCGCCGUAACCGAAACAUUUGUCAAGCUUCAUGAGGAGGGUGUCAUCUACCGCGCAAACCGUCUCGUCAACUGGUGCACGAAGCUGAAUACGGCGCUUUCCAAUCUAGAGGUCAUCAACAAGGAGCUACCAGGACGGACGCUCCUCGACGUGCCCGGAUAUGAUAAAAAGGUGGAGUUCGGAAUCAUCGUCCACUUUAAAUACCCCAUCGAAGGCACUGAAGAGACCAUCGAGGUUGCUACUACGCGUCCUGAGACGAUGCUUGGUGACACAGGCAUCGCCGUCCACCCCCAGGAUGAGAGGUAUAAACACCUUGUCGGCAAGAAUGCCAUCCACCCCUUUAUCAAGGAUCGUCUGAUGCCGAUCGUGGCCGACGACUAUGUCGACAAGGAGUUUGGUACCGGCGCUGUGAAGAUCACCCCGGCUCACGAUCCCAACGAUUUUGCAUUGGGCCAGAGGCACAAUCUAAAGUUCAUUAACAUCCUAACAGACGACGGUUUCAUGAACGAAAACACUGGGCCGUACAAGGGCCAGAAGCGAUUCGAUGUGAGGUAUACCAUCCAGGACGAUCUCAAAGCACGUGGCCUCUAUGUGGAUAAGAAGGACAACCCGAUGAAGGUGCCUCUGUGCGAAAAGUCCAAAGAUAUCAUCGAGCCUAUCAUGAAGCCCCAGUGGUGGAUGAAGAUGAAGGAUAUGGCUGCCGAGGCCGUGAGGGUGGUCAAGGAAGGGCAGAUCAAGAUCAAGCCCGAAAGCGCUGAAAAGAGCUACUAUCGAUGGAUGGAAGACGUCAACGAUUGGUGUCUGUCGCGGCAGCUCUGGUGGGGUCACCAAUGUCCUGUAUAUUUCGCCAAGGUUGAGGGCGAGGCUGGCGAUCCGGCCAACGACAGUUUAUGGUUUUCCGGACGUACGGAAGAGGAGGCACAAGCGAAAGCUGAAAAGGCGCUGGCGGGCAAGAAGUUCACACUGGAACGCGACGAGGACGUUCUCGACACGUGGUUUUCUUCCGGCUUGUGGCCGUUCUCGACCCUCGGCUGGCCGAACAACACCCACGACCUACAAACCUUGUACCCAACCAGCAUCCUCGAGACAGGCUGGGAUAUCUUGUUCUUCUGGAUUGCGAGGAUGAUCAUGCUUGGCAUGAAGAUGGUCGGACAGAUCCCGUUCCGUGAGGUUUACUGCCAUUCGCUCGUGCGAGACUCGGAGGGCAGGAAGAUGUCCAAGUCCCUGGGCAAUGUCAUCGACCCCCUCGACGUCAUCAAGGGUAUCCCCCUGGAGGCGCUCCACGAGAAGCUGACGCAAGGAAAUCUCCACCCGAGCGAAGUCGAGAAGGCCACGAAGUACCAGAAGACGGCGUUUCCCGACGGGAUCCCGCAAUGCGGAGCCGACGCCCUUCGUUUCUGUAUGGUGAAUUACACUACCGGCGGCGGAGACAUCAACUUCGACAUCAAGGUCAUGCACGGCUACAGGAAAUUCUGCAACAAGAUCUACCAGGCCACGAAAUAUGUUCUCGGCAAGAUAGACGAGGGCUUCGUCCCCCAGAAGACGGGAAAACUCACCGGCAAGGAGUCUCUUGCCGAAAAAUGGAUCCUCCACAAGAUGAACAUAGCCGCCAAGGAGAUCAACGAGAGCCUUGCCGAGCGGGAGUUUAUGAAGUCGACGGCCACCGUGUACCAAUAUUGGUACAACCAUCUCUGCGACGUAUACAUCGAGAACUCGAAGGCGCUCAUCCAGGACGGCACGGAAGAGGAGAAGCGCUCGGCCGUCGACACUCUGUAUACCGCGCUCGACAACGCGCUGAGGCUGAUCCACCCCUUCAUGCCCUUCUUGACGGAAGAGCUGUGGCAGCGCCUGCCGCGCCGACCCGGCGACGAGACGCCGUCGAUCAUGCUCGCUCGGUACCCCGUGUACGACCCGGGGUUGGACGACCCGGCGGCCGAGGCCGCGUACGAGCUCGUCAUCGGGGCCUCGAAAGGCAUCCGGUCGCUGAUGGGCGAAUACGCGCUCAAGGACGAAACUCAAGCCUUCGUGCAGACGUACGACGCGACGGCGCACGCGACGGCGGUGGAGCAGGUGCAGUCGAUCAGGUCGCUGAGCGGGAAGGGGGUGCGGAGCAUCGCGGUGCUCUCGGGCGCGGACGCGCGGCCGGCCGGCUGCGUCGCGUUCCCGGUGUCGAGCGCGGCGGCCGUGUUCCUGCACGUCAAGGGCCGCGUCGACAUCGACGACGAGAUCGCCCGGGCGGCCCGCAAGCUCGCCAGGACCCGCGCCGCCCUCGCCAAGCAGCAGAGGCUCGUCGACGACCCCUCCUACCGGCAGAAGGUCGCCCCCGCCCUCCAGGACGCCGACCGCAAGCGCCUCGCCGACCUCGCCUCCGAGGCCAAGGGCUUCGAGGGCACCAUCAAGCAGUUCGAGGACCUGAAGCUCGAGUAGGCCACGGCCAGGGCCCCAAAGGGGGAGGGGGGAGGAAAGGGGGGGGAGGU